CGUGAGGCAGUGGAAGAGAGUGGAUAUAUAGUGUUUGCGCUCCAGUGUAAUUGAUUCUUUCUUGUGAAAGACGGCUGAUUGCCUGUGUCAGGCACCAUGCCGGAGUUCAUUAGUGUUUCCGACUAUAUUACCGAGGUUCACGAUGAUAUUUCAUCGCCUCCCACCAGCAAUUUUGUCUCCAAAAUGCCUCUAUGCAGGCAAACAGUCAACGACUUGGAAGAGGUGCUGGACAAGGACCGGGAAGGACUGUCCCGGAUGAAGAAAGUCGUCAAGAGCCUGGGGGCGAAUGGCCAAGCUUACGUGGGCUCAGAGGUGGACAUGAGUGAUGCUCUCAAGAGGCUGGGUGAGAUUGGAGGGCGACCAGAGGACAAGAACCUGAGUGAGGCCUUCCACAAGUUCGCAGUUGUCAUCAGGGAACACUCUCAGCUCCUGCAGCAGCUGAUCAUAAAUCAGCGCAACAAUUUGCUUCACCCUCUUGAUGGCGUUCUGAAGGGUGACCUCAAGGGUGUAAAGGGUGACUUGAAACAGCCCUUUGACAAAGCAGCCAAGGUUUAUGAUGCAAAAUUUGCAAAAAUAGAGAAGGAUAAAAAGGCACAGGCAAAGGAAGCAGGUUUCUUUAAAGUAGAAGUUGAUGCUGCAGAAGUUGCUGAGGAGAUGAGUAAAGAAAGAAAAAUGUUUCAGCUUCAGAUGUGUGAUUACUUGAUCAAAGUCAAUGAGAUCAAGACAAAGAAAGGAGUUGAUUUCUUACAAAAGUUGGUAGAAUACUACCAUGCAUAUUGCAAAUAUUUUGAGGAAGGAAUGAAGACUUGGGCACACUUUGGCACAUAUGUAACAGAGCUAAGUGAAAAGCUGCGUGACGUAAGACAUAGACAAGAGGAGGAACGGCGUCGUCUGCUUGCAACUAGGAAGAUUAUCAGCAGUUCUCUUUCAGCAGAAGCUAAAACAGAAGUUGGAGUUGCACCACCAGGCUAUUCUUUGCAUCAGAAGCAGGGUAACAAAAUCCAUGGCACAAACAAGAUUGGUUAUUUGUACAAAAAAUCUGAAGGUAAGAUGCGCAAAGUGUGGCAGAAGAGGCGUUGUGAAGUGCGUGAUAGUAUCCUUUGCAUCCAUCACUCUGAUGAGACCAAACCACCUGUUACUGUACCUCUGCUCACGUGUCAAGUCAAAGCCAGCAUGGAUGAUCGCAAAUGUUUUGAUCUAGUAUCCUAUAACCGGACAUACCACCUGAUGGGGGAGGAUGAAGUAGAGGCGAGUGCCUGGAUGUCAGUUCUUCUCAACAGUAAAGAGGGUGCACUGCAGAAGGCACUGUGUGAUGACACUCCAGGACCAUCCCCAGCAGAUUCAGGCUUCCGAGAACUGCAACAGCGAAUUAUAUCUUAUGUCAGGGGGCUACCUGGAAACAAUUUGUGCUGUGAUUGUGGUGGAACUAAUGAUGUCACCUGGCUUUCUACAAACUAUGGCAUUAUGGUCUGUAUUGAAUGUUCUGGAAUUCAUCGAGAUCUUGGAGUCCAUGUUUCUAGAAUACAAAGCUUAACCUUGGAUAAGGUGGGGACAGCACAGUUACUCCUUGCUCGGCACAUGACAAACAACUCUUUCAAUGAAGUGACAGAAGCUACAUCACCAAGAAAGCCAGAACCCACAAGCACUAUGGAUGAGAGAAGGGAGUUCAUCCAGUCCAAAUAUGUGCGAAGGGCUUUUGUCCAACCAACCACAGAAAACCCUGAGGAUCUUUUGGGGCAGUUGCGAGAAGUAAUUGAUAAAAAUGACCUUUAUGGCCUCCUACGUGUAUACUUUCAGGGUGCUGACUUAGGACUGCCUUUAUCACCAUUGGGAGAAUGUGCUCUACAUGUAGCCAUCUAUCAAGAAAAUGGUGCCUCACUUCCCCUGGUAGAUUUCUUGGUACAGAACAGUCAUUCUCUGGAUCGUCAGACUAAGGAAGGAAAUACUCCCUUGCAUUAUUGUGUCAUCUACAACAAACCAGAGUGUAUGCGACUGUUGCUCAGAGUUGGUGCCAAUCCUAGUAUAGAGAAUAAUAAUGGCAAAAAUCCACAAGAUAUUGCUAAUGAACGCAACUGCAGGCUCAUGGCAGAUAUGCUCAGUCAGGCUCAACAGCAGAAAAAGACAAUGUUUGAAAAUGUGGAAUAUGAAUGGAAUCUCUCAGAUGACAAUUUGACAGACGUCUCAGAUGAUGAUGAAAAUUUCAAACAGAAUGGUAUGUCAACUCCUGAAAAGAAGAGCAGAAAUAGACCAGUCAGUAUGCCAGGGUCAGGCUCUCCUGGGUGCCAGCGAAGUGCUGACCAUUGUGGCCUAGGAGACCACCGUGGUUUAGGGGACUACCGAGGCAGUGAGCAUCGAACUUCCUCCUCCCGCUGGAGAGCUCAGCCACCACUGCCACCUCCAGUGACCAGUAAACCAAUAUUGCCUCUCAGUGGUAACCUGCCAGAGACACUUCAGAAGCGGCCAGCACCUAAACCCCCCACUGGUGUAUCCCACCCCUCAUCCUUCUACUCCUCACGCUACUCGAGUCACUCCCGCACGCCCUCUGACCCUAUGCUGGGACCCUCGCCUUACCACCCAGGCCUGCCUCACAACAACAACAACAACAACAGUGGAGGGGGUGGUAGCCUUGGGGGAAUGGGGCACAAGAGGAGCCCAUCAACUGAUUCUAGUAAUAGUGUGUUCUACCCUCAACCUUCUUCUUCUUCCAACACCACCACUACUUCCUCUGGGGCUACACGCUUCUCUCUUUCACAUAACUUGCCCCCUGAGGCUAAGUCAGGUGAGGGGACUGGGUGCUUCUCCUCUUUGGCUUCUUUCUCUCUGCAUCGGCUUGGUAGCUUUUAGGCUUCAUCUGUCAUAGUAUUUAGAGAGGAAGUUUUUAGAGUUUACGUUGGUAGAGAGAGAAAAAAAAAAAUAGAAGCAGUAAAUAAGGUAUUUGUGUAAGUAUAUGCAUGCAGUAAUUUGUUUUCAUUACAUGAAGCAUGAAUUGAUUAUUUAUAUGUUUAAUAAUUAUGUAUUCAGCCAUAUGGAAAUCUGCUUUCCAUCUGCUUUCUUAUAAUGUGUAUGCAGCUAUGUAUAUAUUUUUGGGUGGUAACUUUUGCCUUGCAUUUAAGCUUUUUAAUAUUUUGUAUGUAAUGAAAAUAAUAUUAUAUAUGUUAUAUCCUUACUUUCUUUAAAGUACAAAGAAAUAAAAUGUAAAGACUGAAACACUGAAUUUUGUAUGUAA